GAAGGCGCCGCGGUGCGGUGUGAAUGUCAGCGUAGAAGGGGGUCAGGUUUUACGAGAAGGGAAAGCGAGCAUAAACUUUUCUGGGGCGAUGUUCCGUCGUAGGAGACGCCUCCCAGCACUGUGCGUGACGCGGGCCUAGGCACGUGUGCGGCUGGCUGCGUGGCGGACUGUGAGGCUCUGCUGGUUGUACUUGGCAUCGGCCCCCGACGGGACAGCUUGCGGCGAGCAUGAUCGGUAACUUGCUCCGGGCUGCGCGGUGUGCGGAGAAGCUGCACAGGUGCUCGGGCAAGCGCUGGUUUUCGCCACGCGUGGUGCUUCACAGAUCGUGCCUGAAGCCCGGGCCCCGUUUGACAUGGGGGCGGCAAGAGCCGCGGAGAACCCCGCGGCCCGAACCUGGCCUCGGCGCCGCCCAGAAGGCCCUUUGGACCGGGUGCCCGAGCCCCCGGAAGGCCGAGGAGGACAGCAGCAAGCAGGUGUCCGUGCACGGAGCUCAGGGAAGGGACCCGGCCGUCUCAGCCUCACAGAAAGUGAAAGAAGCUGGAAGAGACUUUUCCUACUUGCUAGUGGUGCUUAUUGGAAUCGGCAUCACAGGUGGCUUGUUUUACACGAUUUUCAAAGAACUUUUUUCUGCAUCCAGUCCUCAUAAGAUAUAUGGGAAAGCCUUAGAAAAAUGCAGAUCACACCCUGAGGUGAUCGGUGUCUUUGGUGAGCCUGUCAAAGGCUAUGGUGAGAUGACGAGACGUGGCCGAAGGCAGCAUGUCAGUUUUAUUGAAUAUGUAAAAGAUGGGCUGAAAUACAUGCGUGUGAAAUUCUACAUCGAGGGCUCCGAGCCAGGGAAGCAAGGAACAGUGCACGUGGAAGUGAAAGAGAACCCAAAGACUGGCGAGUGUGAUUUUCGAUAUAUAUUUGUAGAAGUUGGAUCUUAUCCUGGAAGAACUAUUGUCAUUGAGGAUAAUAGAUUUCAAGAGAAUUAAAAGAAACCCUGCAAGCCUGCAGUUUCUGGAGGCAUGGUGAAUGGUGCAAGUGGUCUCACAGGACUUCCAGGGUCCGUUCAGAACAGACAGGGAAGGGUGCUGGCUCACAGAAGCGAGUUCAGACAGGUAGAACAGCACGCCACAGGGCAUGUUCUAGUUGUCCCACUGAUUGUCGGUCAGGGACAGUAGUUCUGCUGUACUUCAACACCUUUGUGAUGAGAAUUUCUUACUGAAAAUUUCACACUAUGUUAAUAAAAACAGAUUUCAAUAUUUUGUGCUUUUUAAAAUACUGGAUAACUAUAUAAAGCCUGCACAAUAAAAAUUAAAACUAAUGAAAA